UGUGUGAUAAAACCACAAAUAGCACCCGUUAUUUCUCUGAAACGGUAAAUGGCCGUGCGAGGGAGGUCCGAUGUCGCCGUUAUCGUCGAACGCUCGCUUGGGAAGUUGCUCGGAUCCGCGUCAAGGACUGCUGCCAUGCGGAAGCCCUCGAAGCACUCAGAGUUGGCCCUCUCCGCGGGCGAGGAAGCAGCAGCGAUCAUCGGGCGAGUUCUUCUUUCCGAUCCGCGCGCGCGGCCGCCGCUGGAGGAGCGUGAGGGCGAUGAGGAUCGUGGGAUUGACGGGCGGCAUCACAUCCGGGAAGAGCACUGUCUCCAAUCUCUUCAAAUCCCACGGCGUCCCCGUCGUGGACGCCGACCUCGUCGCCCGUUAAGAAAGGGGACUGGUGGUUGGAAAAAGGUCGUAGCAGCAUUCGGGGAUAAUAUUUUACUAGCAAAUGGAGAAAUUGAUAGAGCAUGCCUGGGUCAAAUCAUUUUUUCUGAUUCAACAAAACGUCAACUUCUAAAUCGUCUCUUAGCUCCAUAUAUUUCUUUUGGCAUUUUUUGGGAAGUGGUGAAGCUAUGGAUCAAGGGGUCUAAGCUUAUCAUUCUUGACAUCCCAUUGUUGUUUGAGGCUAAAAUGGACCGAUGGACAGCUCCUAUUAUUGUUGUAUGGGUUGAUCCUGAAACUCAGGUAACUCGUCUAAUGGCAAGAGAUGGCAUAUCCGAAGAACAAGCCAAAAGCAAGAUUAAUGCUCAGACUGCACUGGAUUGGAAGAAGACAAAGGCACAUAUAGUCAUCGAUAACUCAGGUACACUUGAAGAAACAAAACUACAGUUUCAAGAGGUCCUGAACCAGGUUAGUAGGCCUUUAACAUGGAAGGAAUUUGCCUUCUCCAGAGAAGGUGUUUUUUGGAUUCUUGUAUCUUCAAUUGCAGGUGUUUUAGUGGUACAGAAAAAUUUGAAGCGAUGAUGGGCAUUACCUAUCAGUGAAUUUCUCCUGCUAAUCAUGCUUGUUCAAAAUAAGAGAAUUUUGUGCAAUUUAUAUAUAAUUUACCUUUGUAGUUUACAACUACUAUCAAUGUCAAUGAAAACAUCUCGCAUUCUGCUGUACUGCUCAAUCUAAGUAGGGCUGCGUUUUUUUGUUAUUUCUCUUGGAGUCAGACAAUCACUGAUUUAGAAACAAACACUUGGUUUCUCAAUUGAGUUGAUUUGAAUUUUCAUGAUUAGUAAUUUGAAUUCUAAGACAGCUCCGCUUUUGUCCUGUUAUGCUGACUUUAAAAUAUUGAAACCCUUCAGAUUCUUUAUUGAUUUACUCUUUUUUUUAAAGAAUUUUAAUCAGUUAGUAAACAUGCUGAAACAUGUCAUUUUAGACAGGGUUAAGAUAAUUGGAGUUUAGUUGCCUGGAAGAUUUCAGUAUUAUAUUUCAAUAUGCUCUGAUGCCAUUUGCUUGGUGUCAGUCUCCUAUUUCAUCACAUGUUACUUAAUCAUAGCAAUUUGUUAUGGACCAUUAUUGCUUUGAAUGCUUUAACCCAUGCACCAUGGACAGUUAUUUUGACUUUCUUUAACUAACCUUUGUGAUGCUCAAGUUGGUUCAGUAAGACAGGCAUGGAAUUUACUGGUUUGUACCUGCAGCAUCCACUUUGAUACAAUUAGUUGCUACCAUUCUACUUGUCUUCUUGGUUAAUUAAGGCCUGUCAGUUAUUAUUACUACCAUUCUACAAUCUGUGGAACUAGACAUCAAAUAUGCUGUUCCAUUAUUGGCUUUUCCCCCUAUUUAUUUACUUCAACCUCAAAUACUUGAAAUCUUGCAAGACCUAGUGAAGGUUAGGUGGGGCUCCAAGUAAGCAAUGUUAGAUAUCAAUGGAUGUUCAUUCACCUGACACCGCUAGAUUGGACUUUUUUUGUCAGUUAUAUCUAUGAAUUAGUUACUCAUGUAACUUUCUCUGAGUUGCUCUUACCACCAGAUGCCAUACUGCAGUGCAGGGCAUGCUCGAAAGUUUAAGCAGAGUAAGAUCUUGAUAUCGCUUGUAUAAUUUAUGCUUUGGGGAGUCAUAUUUGGCAGAGGAGUCAUCAUAUCUAUGAAAAGGAUUAUGGUUUUGGUGCCGAAAGGAAAUAUGUCAAUGUAAGCAAUAAGAAACCAGCAAGGCCACGAGUUCUACUUGACAAUAGCAGUUAUAUAUUGUUUUGAUGCUUGAUGUCAAACAGUUGGUCUGAGAACUUGAGCAGGAGGGUUUCACCCUAGAUGAUUUUCUAAUGUUAUGUUCCAAGCCAAAAUUGUUAUCAAUGUAACUUAGAGAAACUA